CAUUAUAAAUUCAUUAUUACUCGAGAUUCGACAGUGAAACGAACGAUUUUUUGCUGUCCUUCCGGCAUAUUGCGGUAAUCAGUAAAAAAAAUUUCUAUUUACGUUUAAUGAAGCCAGUGAGUCGCGAAAAACUUCAUUAACAUAAUCUACAUAAUAAACUCUUAAUUAAAAAUUUAUUUUUAUUUUUAAAUUAAACCAAAUCAAUUUUUUUUUUUUUGCUUACGGAAUUUUAUUUUUUAUUGAAUGUGAAUUGUUCUAACAAAUUACCAAUGGGUGACAAGGAAAAAUUGGUGACCGAAUUGUCAGAAAAAAUGACUCCCAAUUCACCAGAUUGUCUGAUGAUUUCAAAAUUUACAAAUUCACCAGCGAAACAAUCCAACAAAAUGCAUAAGUUACGUUCGUUCUUAAUUGUUCUGUUGAUAUUGGGAUCACUGUGGACUGGAUAUUUAAUUUACGAUUCAUACAGAGGCUUGGAAAUGAUCGAAAAGGACUCGGAAGAAAUUGAAAAAAUUCGUAGUACAAUACAAGAAUUACGGAAAAAAGUAAAAGAAUCAUUUGAUCCACCGAUCGAUGAAUUCGAUAGCAGUGAUAAUGACGAUCCGGAUUUUUCAUUUGUGAUGAAGCGUAAUUCCGACAAUGACCGCUAUCGAGUAGGAUCAAUAGAUCGUUUGAAACGUGACACAGCAAAAAUUCCGAGUGGUCAUGAAAUGGGAAGCGGUAACAAGAAACGUGAAAUCGAGGGGAGGAAUUUAUUGAAUUCCUGUGAUGAACGUCGUGAUCAUUGUACUACUCUUUUGAAUUCAAUUGGUUAUAAUAUUAAAGCAGCUGAAAACGCUCUAAUUAAUAUUAAUAAUGUACUACAAAAUUUACAUUUAAUGAAUUCACGGGCACAGGAUUUGGCUUUAUGUAUCCAGUGUCAUCAAUAUGAGCAGAGCAACAUGAUAUCCUAUCAAAAAAGUCAAAAUCCCUUUAAUUAUUACAACAAUCCAAAUUUUAAUAAUAUCCCUAAUUUUUACAGUAAUCGAAAUUUUCAAAAUUAUCCAAAUUUUAACAAUUAUCAAAAUUUUCAAAAUAAUCUCAAUCCUAAUUAUCAAAAUUUUCAAAAUAACCCUACUCCUAACACUUAUCCAAAUUUUCAAAAUAACCCUACUCCUAACACUUAUCCAAAUUUUCAAAAUAAUCCGAAUUUUCAAAUUAAUUCAAAUCCUAACAAUUAUCAAAAUUUUCAAAAUAAUCCGAAUUUUCAAUUCAAUCCUUAUCCCAACAAUAAUCAAAAUUUUCAAAUAAAUCAAAAUUUGAACAAUUUUCAAAAUAAUCAAAAUUCCACCAAUAAUUCAAAUCUUAACAAUACCAAAAUUAAUAACAAUCUCAAUAAUAAUACCAAAAAUAAUGGGAAUCAAACAAAUGAAACUUUAUUAAAACCUACGGAUGAAACUUUAUUAAAACCUACGAAUGAAACUAAACAAAAAAACCAAAACGAGUUUCAAACAAUCGUACUGUCAUCAAAAACGAAUAUCAGUAAAAUUCAAGACGGAGCCAAAAUAACAGAAGUUAUUCGCAAUCAAACAAUAGUAGAAAAACCAGUGGAUAACCCACGAUCAAUAUCUGUCUGGAACAAUGAACCAACAAGAUAUACAAUCCCAUUUACAGCAUUUAAAUCACGAGAGUAUGAAGACAAUAGAGACAGUAACUAUUUAGAUUCAAGUCCAUCAGAGAGAAUGACCACGCGCGACACCAAAAACGACAAGAAAAUAGAUAAGCAAGAUAAUGACCAAGGACAAGCUGGUCUCGUUACCGAGGACCCUUCGGUAUUGAAGACUCUAGAACGCGCUUCAACUAAUAAUCAAAUUAAUCCACGAAUGAUGUUUACACAAGACCAACAAAGACAACAAAAUCCGUCUAUUCCAACUGCCGAGACCAUGGUAGUCAAUGACUUUUCAUCCUCCAAUAAGUUACCGCCUGUUGUCUGUUACUGGCCAACGAUGUGUUACUUUAGACCGGAUUCGUCCCAUCAGCAAGCAGCUCCGAUCUUUCCCUCUGAAUCAGCAGUAGUCCAUUCAUUCCAAUCAGCUCCAGGUUCUAAUCCAUGGAGAUCCCAAGGAAAUUCAAAUCAAAAUUUGGCUGAGGCACUGAAUAACUUUUUUCCAUCCGGCAUGCCUUUGACUUCUCCACAAAUGGGUAAUCAGCAGCAUAUCGGACCUACUGGGCCUGGUGGGAGUUAUCCCGGUCGUGACUCUGCAAGCCAAUUACCCAUACAAUGCUCUUACGUUCAUCAUAAUAAUAAUAUUAAUAAUCAAGGAAGCUACGGGUAUCGGACUGCUGAUAACCACGAGCGCAACCAAUCCAACCCAGUGAUGAAUCUUAAGAAACCAGGAGUAUUGGAGUGUCCGAAAAAUUACAUUAAAUGUUCCGACAAAAGCAGGUGUAUUAUGACUUCAAAUUGGUGCGACGGAAUCGUCGACUGCGCAGAUGCCAGCGACGAAAUUUCCUGCACAUGCAAAGAUAGAAUAACUCCUGGUAAACAUUGCGAUGGAUAUUUCGAUUGUCCUCGCGGUGAAGACGAGCUCGGCUGUUUCGGAUGCGGUAAUGAUUCAUUCAGUUGCUUAGACUGGACCAAAAGGAACUUCAAAGGAAAUUGUGUCCCAUUGUCGGAAAGAUGCGAUGGUAUCCGACAAUGCCAGACUGGAAGAGACGAAAUGGAUUGCUCUGUACUAACAGAAUCCUACAUUGAUAUAGACGAUAUAUCGACCAUUGGACACUCGUCGGGGUAUCUGUUCAAAAACUGGCACGGAAAAUGGUACCCGGCAUGCACAUCAACUGAGUUUUGGGCCGACGAAGCCUGUCGCGGUGAAAUAGGAUCGCUGAUCAAUGACCCGAAGAUCAACAGCGAGCCCGUGCUUCGUGGGCACAAACUCGGCCCUUACAUUUCAAUGUCAGAGACCGGAAAAGUCGAAUUGGUACCAGAGUGUGAUAACAAAGCAGUCUUCGUUAAAUGCCCGUCUAUCCCGUGCGGAACGAGGCUGACAGACCAAUACGACCAAUUCAAACCUUACGGAGUUUACGAAGACACACUUGUAGCUUCGGUUCAUUCAGUCCAAGGAAACGAAUCGACUGAACCAUCACCAGCAACCACAGGUCCAACUCCUAUAGACACUUCAUGGGACUUGAGUGGUAUCGGGGCCAGAACUCCUACAGGCGGAAGAAUUGUUGGAGGUCGCGCUAGUCAACCGCAGGCUUGGCCAUUCCUCGUAGCAAUUCAUCGCGAUGGAUAUUUUCAUUGCGGCGGAGUUGUUAUUAAUGAAAAUUGGGUACUAACUGCUGCGCACUGCGUUGAUAAUCAUCACAGUCAUCAUUACCAAAUUUUUGCUGGGCUACUGAGACGCUUCUCAUUUUCACCGAUGGCCCAAACACGGCAGGCCAAGUUCAUUGUGCCUCAUCCUGAAUACGUCAGCCGCACAAUGACUAACGAUUUGGCGUUAAUAAAAUUGAAUGAACCGUUGAGAUUUAAUCGGUGGAUUCGUGCCACUUGUCUUCCCAUACCCGCAUGGGGAAAUAUUCCACGUGUCAAUGAAACCUGUACUACCAUUGGAUGGGGCGCCACCGUCGAAAAUGGGCCCGAUCCUGAUCAUUUAAGAGAAGUCGAAGUACCGAUUUUAUCUAAAUGCAAACGUAGACAUGAUCAAAGCAACGGAAUUAUUUGCGCUGGGUUGAGUGAGGGCGGGAAAGACGCGUGUCAAGGUGACAGUGGGGGCCCACUGAUGUGCAAUGUACCAGAUUCUAACUCUAGGUGGUACGUUGCUGGGAUUGUCAGCCACGGAGAAGGUUGCGCGCGUCCUAAUGAACCCGGAGCUUACACCAGAGUCAGCUAUUUUCAUCCAUGGAUCAAUGAAACCAUCAAUCUCGACCAUGAGCCUUUUGGGCCAAAACCUCUGGCCAAUUGUCCAGGGUUCAAGUGCAAUGGAGAACUCGGCAAGUGUCUGCCAUCACGAAGACGAUGUGAUAAAAAAGUUGAUUGUUUGGACGCCGAAGAUGAAACCGAUUGCUACCAUAUUGACAUCCCGGUAAGCGAACUGCCGCUCCAAGCUUCAACUGACAGAGAAAUUUACGAGACUACUCCUGAAGGUGUAAUUGAAAAAGUUGCUAAAAAAAAUUAUAAUAAUCCGGAAGCGGGCGUUAAACCGCGAGGUAAUAAAACACUUGAUGAUACACCGGAAACCCCGAAUUAUGGAGAUGAUAAAAAAUUAGAUAAUACAGAUGAGAAGGAAGUAAAUGAAUUCGCAACCACGCAAUUUGCGCUUAAUAACGAAGACGUUACAGAUGGAAUCACAGAAGUGAUGGAUAAAGUAACGGAAAGUAGCAGUGGUGAUUAUCGUUAUUAUAGCGCAGCUACAGAAAUAAAUCCCAGAGUACCGGAUAUUGAUGUAAUGGGUAGGAAUAGAGAAACUUGGGAAAUCCCGAAAAACGAUUCGAUUUUUUAUUGCACUAAAAUACCGCAAAGUGUUUUCCGGUCCAACAGGUGCGACAAAAAAUUCGAUUGUGAAGAUGGAACGGAUGAGUUCGGAUGCACUUGCAGAGACACUUUGAUCCUGCAGCAUCCACUGUCGGUUUGCGAUGGACGCAUCGAUUGUGCGGAUAAAUCUGAUGAAGUUGAUUGCGGUUUUUGUGGUGAAGACAAAUAUUUAUGCGUAAGAAGUACUACUUGUAUUUCUUCAGUAAAGAGAUGUGAUGGUAAACAAGAUUGCCCGUUACACGACGAUGAAAAAGAUUGUUAUGCGCUGACUGAUGGAGAAACUAUAGAAUUAGAUGUAGACGGCACUUCUGUAUUAAGACACAGUGGAGUCUUAUCAAUAAAUCUUAACAACAUUUGGAGUGUCAUGUGCAUCCCGCCAUCGAAUUCCGACGAGAGCGAGAGGAACAUCGCCAAUAAAUAUUGCGGCUUCAUCGGCUUUCACAAAUAUAAAUCAAUGACUAGACAUAGGUACUACAAAAAAAUAUUAGAAGAACAAUAUGUUGACGAGCGAAGUCCGCGACAAUUCGAUGCUGCUUUUAUAAAUAAUAGUCUUAGGAUAGAAGACAGUAGUGAAGUCAACGGUGCUGCGCUAUGCAAUGUUUCGUACUUAGAAUGCGAGCUUAAUUUCAAUCGGCCUGUCUUUCAAUAUUUAUACAGAAGUUAUAUGAUUAAUAAUGAAACGUAUUUAGUGCCGUGGGAAGCCGCGAUGUUUGUUGACGGUAAAUAUCAUUGCCCUGCAUUACUUUUGGAUACUGUUUGGGCAUUAACUCCUACGCGGUGCAUAGAAAAUAUUGAUCAAACAAAGAAUAUCACAUCAGUUAUGGCUGGUUUAUCGGUACCAUAUAAAUAUGUAGAUGGUCCUCAUCAACAAAUGAGAACCGUCCUUUAUAUUAAGAAGUUAGAUCAGUUUGACGUGGCUUUGCUACGUUUUCAUGAUUUUCCCAUCACUCAAUAUAUACAACCGAUAUUCAUUAACCGACGAACUUUCCGUUCUUUGUUAGACCAAUGCCUGGCAACUGGCGUCGAUACUAACUUGGGGGUAAAAAGUACAGGGUUUGAUCCAGUUAAGGAAAAUUGCCCUUCUUGCAACCGAUGUUUCAAAAGUACAUUGAGAAAUAAGUGUCCUAAAAAUGGGUCGGCUGAAAAUUGGAGUGGUUUUGUAGCUUGUAAAGGUUUUUAUGGGUGGUAUCCAGUCGCUGUUUUUAGUGAAAAAGACAUCAUGUGUGGAUUUACUGAACCACAUGCAUUGACUGGAAUUGAAGAGAUGUAUCCUUAUAUAACGGAAGCAAUGGAAAACGUACACGAAGAGACUCGUUUUACUAAUGAGUGUCGUGGUGUCCGCUGUGCCGAGGGUAACUGCAUACCAUAUCCACUCGUUUGUGACGGUAUCCGACAUUGUCGAAAUGGUUCCGAUGAAACCCAGAAAAGCUGUAACGAUAAGCAAAAUGAUUGCACAGUUGCUCCGCACACACUGCCGCCCAAGUCGUGUGGAUGUACUCCGACUCAAUUGACCUGUGUUACCGGGUACUGUAUACCCAAAGACAAAUAUUGCGAUGGCGUUGACGAUUGUGGCGACGGUAGUGACGAACCGAUAGGCUGCGGUUGUAGAGAUUACUUGGAUUUAACGGCAAAGCACCGCAUUUGCAAUGGAGUUCGUGAUUGUCUCGACAAAUCUGAUGAAGCUCAAGAAAUUUGCGGGUGCUUGCCAGGAAGCUACAAAUGUCAUAAUAGUACCAACCCUAACGGAGAUGAUUACUGUUUCCCCUAUGACUUUGUAUGUGACGGGGAACGGGAUUGUCCGAAUGGAGAAGACGAGAGUCGUUGCAGAAUCGUAAGAAGUAAAGCUGAGCCAGUUGGCACUGGAAUUGUAUUAAAACGUGAGUACGGAAUCUGGUUCGAAGAAUGUUUUCCAGAAGUAAUUAAAACCCAUGAGCAGUCCGACGAAAUUUGUAAGACUAUGGACUACAAAAGCGGGAAACUUUUGGACCCAGUGGAUCGCGAGAAGUACAAACCGUUGCAUGCAUUGCGAGUAGAAGAAUUUUAUUCUCUAGAUGUUAAUGGAAAAACUACGAUUAUAAUCAAAGACGACAAGCCAAUAGCUACUAUGGUAUCUCAGCCUGAUCAAUGUCACCACGCUUACGUCCGUUGCGAGGCAUAGAAUCCUGUCACUUAUUCAAGGAUCAAUUGCUUUUUUAUAUUUAUUUACUUUCACCGUAAUUAUUCUCACCAUUUUAUGACAUUCGUUUUUUUUUAUUCAUAUUUUGUAAUCAUUUUUUUACUGUUUCCUCUAACUAAAUAUUAAUUAUUAUAUAUUUAAAUAUAUGUAACAUAAAUUAACUUUUUACCAAAUAAAAAUAUUUAAUUGUCAAAACA